CGCCGCCGCCACGCAGCGCUCCGGCCCUGGGCGCGGGACCCAGUCCCUCCGGCGGCGCCGGGCGGUGCGGGCCGGCCCCUCCGCCUCCACGCGCGCGCGCUCCGCCGCUUCGCCCAUCGCGCCGUGCCGCGCCGCGCCGGCAGCCUCUCUCCGAGCCCGCGGCCGGGACUCUGGCGUGCAGCGCGGGCCUCGGCGGGGCCCGGCGCCCCGGUCCGGGAGGAUGCGGCCCGCGGCGGCCCGGGAGCUGAGCAGGGCCCCCGAGCCGGCCCCCGCGGGCCCCGGCUUUUGGAGCCGCAGACGCCGCCCCGCCCCUGAGAGACAUGACUUCCAAGCCGCAUUCCGACUGGAUUCCCUACAGUGUCUUAGAUGAUGAGGGCAGCAACCUGAGGCAGCAGAAGCUUGACCGGCAGCGGGCCCUGCUGGAGCAGAAGCAGAAGAAGAAGCGCCAGGAGCCCCUGAUGGUGCAGGCCAAUGCCGACGGGCGGCCCCGGAGCCGGCGGGCACGGCAGUCGGAGGAGCAGGCCCCCCUGGUGGAGUCCUGCCUCAGCAGCAGUGGCAGUGCCAGCUACCAAGUUCAAGAGGCCGACCCACUUGCCGGUGUACAGCUGGGUGCCACCCGCCCACCAGCACCAGUCUCUGCCGAGAGAACCAAGGCAGCAGCUGCGCCAGGGGGCCAGGGCGGGGCCUCUAGGAAGGAGAAGAAGGGGAAGCACAAAGGCACCGGAGGGCCAGCAGCACUGGCAGAAGACAAGCCUGAGGCCCGAGGCCCGGUGCAGAUCCUGACUGUGGGCCAGUCAGACCAUGCGCAGGACGCUGGGGAGACAACGGCUGGUGGGUGUGCGUGGCCCAGCGGGCAGGACCUCCGUGCCACAAUGCAGAAGAAAGGUGUCUCUAGCAGCAUGAGUUUUGAAGAGGAAGAGGAGGAUGAGGACGAGAACAGCUCCAGCUCCUCCCAGCUAAACAGCAACACGCGCCCGAGCUCCGCUACGAGCAGGAAGUCCGCCAGGGAGGCAGCCUCAGCCCCCAGCCCAACCGCCCAGGAGCCACCGGGAGAUGUUGAGGUCCAGGACCUUGAGGAGUUUGCGCUGAGGCCAGCCCCACAGGGUAUCACCAUCAAGUGCCGCAUCACGCGGGACAAGAAGGGAAUGGACCGGGGGAUGUACCCUACCUACUUUCUGCACCUGGACCGUGAGGAUGGGAAGAAGGUGUUCCUCCUAGCCGGAAGGAAGAGAAAGAAGAGUAAAACUUCCAAUUACCUCAUAUCUGUGGACCCAACAGACUUGUCUCGAGGCGGGGACAGCUACAUCGGGAAACUGCGGUCCAACCUCAUGGGCACCAAGUUCACUGUUUAUGACAACGGAGUCAACCCUCAGAAGGCAUCCUCCUCUACUUUGGAGAGUGGAACCUUGCGUCAGGAGCUAGCAGCUGUGUGCUACGAGACGAACGUCUUAGGUUUCAAGGGACCACGGAAGAUGAGUGUGAUUGUCCCCGGCAUGAACAUGGUUCAUGAGAGAGUCUCCAUCCGGCCCCGCAACGAGCAAGAGAUGCUACUAGCACGCUGGCAGAAUAAGAACAUGGAGAGUAUCAUAGAGCUGCAAAACAAGACACCUGUCUGGAAUGAUGACACACAGUCCUACGUCCUCAACUUCCAUGGGCGCGUCACACAGGCCUCCGUGAAGAACUUCCAGAUCAUCCAUGGCAAUGACCCGGACUACAUUGUGAUGCAGUUUGGCCGUGUGGCAGAGGAUGUGUUCACCAUGGACUACAACUACCCACUGUGUGCGCUGCAGGCCUUCGCCAUCGCCCUGUCCAGCUUCGACAGCAAGCUCGCCUGCGAGUAGAGGCUCCCGUGCCCUUUGGGGUUCCCAGGCCUGGAAUGGAGCCACCUGCCUGCGGAGACAGCUCUGCCUACCCUCUGUAUAUAGGUGUCCUGCCAGAUGAACCUUUGGCUCUCAGUGGGCUUCCUGGCCCAGCCAGCCAGGAACUGGCUCCUCUGCUGCUAAGGCAGAAGAGAGAGAGUGUGUGUGCGUGUGAAAGGACCAGAGUGAAUUCUUUCUGUGUCCCAAGAACACACAUGCCCACUCUUGGGUUAGCAUCCUGCUGUAAACAUGUUUGCCAGGCUGGGCAGGCAGGAGAGGAAGCACAGGGCAGGGCUGCUGUGGCCCAACGAGCCACUCGGCCCAGGACUCAGGUGACAGUGGGUCCCACACAGUGAGGGUAAGCGCCUGUGUGAGGGGUGGGGCGCGGCCAAGGCGGCACAUCAGCUUUGCACAGCAAAGGGCGAGGUAGCCAAGCCUGGCCCUUACAGCUACAGAAAGUCCUCUCACGUCAGGCCUCAGGCCGGCCUGGGAGAGGUUCUAGAGGCUGGGGAAGCAGGCAAGACCUUGGCAGGAUUGCAGGGGCCCAGCUGUGGGAGUUAGCUGGUGGCCUAGGGUGCUCACUCAUUGGAUUUCUCUAGGUUUGCUCUGUGUGCUGCACGGAAGCAGGAGGAAGUUGGCCCUUCAGGCCAGAUGUCUUCGAGGAGGGGUAGGACACAGGCUCAGCAUGCAAGUGGUAGAGAGGUUCCCUGGAUCAGGGCUGUCUUGGGAACUCUGUCAACUGUCCAAGAGCUCUCAGCUGACCAGCCUCUGCGCCACCCUCAGGAAACACAUAAGGGGCCCAGGCGGCCAGCCCCAGAACAGGCAGGCAGGCUUGGGGCUCUCGCUGCCGCUGCACUGUCCCUUAAGCUGCGUGCUCUGGUGCUCCUGCCUGUGCUUCAGCCCCUGUGUAGUCUGGCAGCUGAGGGCUCCCUGUGUGGUCCUUGGGUGGAGAUGGGACGGGAGGAGAGAGGGAGUAUUUCAGCACCAGAGAGAGGAGAGGGAGCAGGAUCCUUAGAGCUCACCUAGUACAACCCCAUCUCUUCAGGCAAAUCAUACUCAGAAAAUGGGACUUGCCCUGGGCCACUUGCUGGUUAACUGGUAGGGUUCAGAACUUCUGCUCCCUUGAUUUCUUUGCUCCCCACCACCUCCCAAGAAAGUGCUGUCUCCAGCUCGCUAGCCUCCCUGGGGCCCAGGCUGCAUUCCCUCCCCUUUUUGCCUUUUUCCAGAGACUUCGAAAUGUCAGAGUAGAUAAACAAAAAUGAAAUCGUUUCAGUAGGAAGUCAGGCAGCUCCAUUUUGUAGAGCAUUCUGAUCAGGACUGGCCUAUGCCUAGCUCCUACCCAAGAGCAGGCUUUAGCCUGGCUGCUGCCCAUUUCUCUGUGACAGGUGGUGUGUGUGUUCUGGGGCUAAGCCUGAUCUCCCUCCAAUGCCAUCCUCCCUUUCUCUUGAAGGCUUGGUAAUGCUAGUUCUUGCCUAUUAGCCACU